GAACCAUGUGGAAGGCGCCGUGUUGACUUCGUAGUUGAACAGUUUAAACUGUCGUAGAUUUUUACGGCCAUAAUGAGUGGACUUUUUUCUUUGACAUCAUAAAUAUACUGUAGCAGCAAUUGAUGCUACUUAAUUGACUGCAUUCACCUGUUCUACAUCUCGCUGAAUAAUGGGAAAAUCAAAGACCAAGAACCAGAAGAAAUGCCGAGCAGCAGCCAACCAUGUGGCCAAUGAGAGCUACGCAGCCGUGCCCCACUCCUUCGUGUUUCAUCGGGGUCAGGUUGGGAAAAACGCUGGUCAGCUCAUCCUGGACGUACGGAGAGUCAUGGAGCCAUACACAGCAGAGUCUCUGAAGAUUAGGAAAAAGAACGUGCUGAAAGACUUUGUGGCUAUCGCAGGACCACUGGGAGUGACACACUUCAUGAUCUUCAGCAAGACCGCCAGCACUCUCAACAUGAGACUCGCUCGGCUUCCCAAAGGUCCCAUGCUUCAUUUCAGAGUGCUCAAGUACUCGCUUAUCAAAGAUGUGGUUUCGUCUCUGAAGAAGCACAGGAUGCACGAGCAGCAGUUCACACACCAUCCGCUUCUCGUCCUCAACAACUUUGGGUCUGAUGGCAUGCAUGUCAAACUCAUGGCCACCAUGUUUCAACACAUGUUUCCCUCUAUUAAUGUGCACAAGGUAAACCUCAACAAUAUAAAGAGGUGUGUGCUGCUGAGUUACAACCCAGUGUCCCAGGAAAUUGAAUUUCGCCAUUACAGCCUGAAGGUUGUCCCUGUGGGCAUGAGCCGCGGGGUCAAGAAGCUGAUGCAGGAGAAGUUCCCCAACAUGAGCAAGUUUGAGGAUAUCAGUGAGCUGCUGAUGAACGGUGCAAACCUUUCAGAAAGUGAAGCAGAGCAGGAUGCAGAGCACAACAUAACUGAGCUGCCACAGGCCUACUCUGGCCGAGGCAACAUGGCGUCCCAGCAGAGCGCUGUCCGUCUGACCGAGAUUGGACCUCGCAUGACUCUGCAACUGAUGAAGAUACAAGAAGGCAUGGGAGAGGGGAAUGUCCUUUAUCACAACUUCAUCUCCAAGACGGAGGAGGAAAUACAGGAGAUCCUGAACAGGAAGGAAGCCCAGCUAAAGGAAAAAGAAGGUCGCCGAAAGAAGCAGGAGCAGAAUGUUGCUCAGAAAAAAGAGAAACGGGACGAGAACAAACAAAAGAGUCUGGAAGGCAUGAAGAGGAAACACCACGAGGAUGAAGAGGACAGUGAAGUGGAGGAUCCCGGGAUGCAGCAGGAUGAGGUGGCUGCUGUUGAAUCUGAUGAUGAGGUGGAGUACUACAGACAGGCUGUAGGAGAGGAGCCAGAUGAAGACAUGUUCCCUAGUGCCAAGAAGAGGAAGGGCUCAGAAAAGACUCACAGACCUGCCAAGACGAGAAAGCUGUCCCCUGGUAAACCUCCAAGAAAAGACAGAGAUGCCAAGUCGCCCAAGAGAAACGGUCCAGGUGGACAGCAGCACAGAGAACAAACAGGAAAAGGAUGGAAGAAAUCCAGGGACAGAUCCAGGGACAGGGAGAAGCCAUUCGGGAAGAAAGUGAAGCCUGGAGGAAAGACAUUUGGAGCAAAGAAAGCUGGCGAGGGGGAGAAGAAAUUUGGUGGGAAGAAGAAAUUUGAUGGGAACAAAACAUUUGGUGGGAAGAAAAAUAAGGACAAAUCAUUCAAAUCUAAAGGUCAGAAAGCAAAGCCGGGCUUUAAGAAGAAAGGAGCAGAGCAAGGCUUUAAACAGAGGAAGGGAAAAGGCUGAGUUCUGCCUCUUCUUUCUGGACUUGGACACUGAAUGUGUUAUUAUGUUGGAGCACCAGAUGGCAGCAAGCGUCCAUCAUUGCCUCAGCCGGUGACGCCUGGGAAGGCUUCAGCAGUGAGUGAUGGUUGCUAGUGAGACUGUUUAUUGUUGUAAAUCGGCAGAGGGACAAACGAGAAGAAAUGUGUUAUAUUUUUCACACUGUGUGAAUUAAUGUUGAAUAUGUACUUGUUCAAUAAAUAGUUUAAAAAAUGAUCUUUCAAAUUUAAUUGGGAUUUUAUUCUCUUCAGUGCAGCCAAAUUUCUUGGUAUUCAUGAGAUAAUUUCUGAGUCUUUUAUCCUCUGGUAUAACUUUCCUUUCCUGUAAGACAUUUGUAAUUUAACAUGACAACAAUAGACCUGAUGUUUAUUAAAUUUCGCUUCACGACUCUGGAGUUCAUUGCAGAAACUCAGAUGUUUUGUUCAUUUUAUCACUUUUAUGCAAAUGUUGACAUUUGUAUUCAGAGCUAAUUUGAGGGAAAAGAAAAUA